CGGCGGGGGGGGGGGGUCUGAAAUCCCGGGGCCCCGGCAUAGGACCAAGCAGUUAUUGAACAAAGCCACCCGCAAGGCUUAACUUAACUCUGAUAAGCCAGCGGCGUUGGUUCAUGAAGGCUGGCGUGUGAGUGAGUGACACCACGCCACCUCCGGCGGCUCAGGCGCCAUCCCGGAGAUGCAUCAGAGAGCAAAAGGGAAAAAUUCCUGCGGGGGAUUCCUCUUCCCCCUCUUUUCUCACCACCAAGACCUUUGCAUAAAGCUUGACACUCGGGGAGGAAUUAAUGUGGCACAGUCAAGCUUUUUUUUUCUGUUGUCUUUUUUUCUGUGUCCGCACGGACCGGGUUCACCAUGGCUCUCCCUCCCAAAUGGUAUCAGUUUCUGGUGUGUGUCUUUGCGUCGCUGGGAUCGGUGCUGUACGGAUAUGAUCUUGGUGUCAUCGCCGAGGCACUCACCAGUCCCUCGCUUAUCAAUGCCUUUAACGCCGACGCGACCAAGCGCGGAGCAGUCACCUCCGUCUUCACCGGUGGCGCCUUCUUUGGUGCCUAUUUUGCCGGUCCACUGGGCGACUACGCCGGCCGGAAAUGGACCAUCUUCGUCGGAGCCCUGAUCUUCUUGCUGGGCGGAGGUCUGCAGACAGGUGCGCAGAGCUUGAGUUAUCUGUACGCUGGUCGGGCCGUCGCAGGGUUGGGAGUCGGAAUCUUGGUCAUGAUUGUCCCGAUCUACCAGGCGGAAUUGGCCCAUCCGAACAUCCGCGGCCGGAUCACAUCCCUCCAACAGCUGAUGCUCGGGGUGGGCUCCCUGGUUGCGUCGUGGAUCUCCUGGGGCACCUUCAUCAACUUUGCGGACGAUGAUUCCCGCCAAUGGCGCGUCUCCCUGGGGAUCCAGAUGGUGCCGGCCGUGUUUCUGGCCGCGCUCAUCCUGCUGUUCCCCGAGUCGCCCCGCUGGCUGAUCGACCAUGGCCGACUGGACGAGGGCCUCACGACGCUGGCUCGCCUCCACGCCCGAGGCGACACCUCCGACACCUGGGUGCAGGCUGAGUACGAACAGAUUACCGUCUCGAUCGCUCACGAGCACGAGGCCGAGGCCAAAUCCUACAAGGAGCUUUUCACGGACCCGUCAUGCUUCCGCCGCCUGUUUCUGGCGUGCUCGAUCCAGGCCGCAGCCCAGAUGACGGGGGUGAGCGCCAUCCAGUACUUCAGCACGACCAUCUUCGAGCAAAUUGGCAUCGCCGCCAACGACACCCUCAAAUAUCAAGGCAUCAGCUCCAUCAUCGCCAUCAUUGCUCAAUUCUGCUGCAUGAUGAUGAUCGACAAGACGGGCCGUCGGUGGCCCCAGAUCAUUGGCAAUCUGUUCAAUUGCCUCUUCUUUGUCAUCCCCACCAUCCUCAUCGCCAAAUUUCCCCCCGGCGUCUCCAACAACACCUCCGCCAGCUGGGCCUUCAUCGUGAUGACGUGGUGCUACAACUUCUCCUACAGCGCGACCGUCGGCCCCCUGACGUGGAUCAUCUGCGCCGAGAUCUUCGACACCAAGACCCGGUCCAAGGGGGUCUCCAUCGCCACCAUGACCUCGUUCGCCUUCAACACGAUGAUCGGCCAGGUCACGGACAUCGCCAUCGACAAUAUCGGCGGGUGGCGCUUCUACGUGGUGUUUUGUGUGUGCAACUUCACGAACGCCAUCUUCUUCUGGCUGGUGCUGCCUGAGACUGCCCUGCGGCCCCUCGAGGAGAUGACGGCCCUGUUCGAGCAUGAACCCUGGCUGGUGCCGGGGUCGCAGACCAAGGGGUUCAUCGCGCGCAGGCGGGCAGGGGUGAUCAUGGAGGAAAUGGAGGGGGAUGAGAAACCGGGGCGGUUGACUUUCGUGCAUGCGGAGGGGAAGUGAGGCUAUUGGCGCGGUUGAAGGGGGUCAGGGAUAUGCAUACUGAACGUGAUAUGUGGUGGUUUAUUGUGAGUAGGUAGUAACUAAAGUGACUAUGACUAGAUGAGGUGGAAAUUAAAUCUACCCGCCCUACCGCUGAAAGAGGCAAAGCCCAGGCCCUAACCCUGUCCAUCAUCCUCAUCCACCCUGCUGGUAUGGAGAUAUCAGAGGAUCAGAAGUGCGACCUUCCAAUCUCUCUCCCCCUCCCAUAGCUGCC